UUCGAUUGUCAGUUUCUGUAUAGAAAUGUCAUGUAAACAGUACUUUCCGUUCGCUAAUGGGUUUAUUGACCUUUCUUAGUUAACAACAGCAAUAAUUUUAUCAUAUUAGUUCUGAUUUUUUGUAAAGCCUCGAAUAGUAAUUUAUGAAGUGCCACUUUAUGACUGUGAAACUAUGAGUACCUUUAAUACUUUAUUAAGAAAAGCUUCCAGCUUAUUGAAAAUAGGUGGAUUGGAUGCUUCACCUCAAAAAGUUCCUACUGAUGGCGAGAUUAUAUUUUGCAAGAAUAAUGUAUGUGUGCAUCCUCCAACUUCAUUUAGAACAGAUGUUUCUCAUCAUCCUGGUUACCUUACUAUUCGUGAGCAAGUAGAUGAGGUAUUAGGUUCAACCCUUAUUUUAACUUGGAUUCCUAAUGCAACACUUAAGAAAAAUCCACAUAGUCUAGAAAACAAGACUCCUGAAAGUUCACCUUGUCGAAGUUCUUUUAGUAGCAAGUGUCCUAGCCCUACACCUAGUGGAAAAUCACCAUUUCAUCAUUCUCUUUCCUAUAGCAACUCAUUGUAUUGUGGAAUUGAAAGGUCAAGUGAUAAUUUAAAUGAAUCUCCUUUUAAGGUAUUGGAAAGCCCUGUAUUUGAAGAUAGCAUGGAACGAAAAAGCAUUAGCUCUACUAUUUCUGACAUGGGGAGUCCCAGAGAAGACUAUGGCAGUUUAGAAAGUUUUUCAAAUAGUGAUCAAACAGAAAUGACAGCAUCAACUAGCUCUCAGUUGAUGUCAACCGAUUUUAAUGACUUGGAGAAUUAUGAACCACCUUCUGAGGAAAAUAAACUAGAUACACAAUCAGAAGAACCCAAGAAAGUGUCUGCAGAUAGCAAUAAUGGUGAUUUACAAAGCCAGACAGAUUCUGGCAUUGGACCAGAAGAAGUUGUGGCAGCUCUUGAGAAAAUGAUUUGUGGCCUUAAUGAUAUUAAUGAUUCUAAAGAAGAUUCCAAAUCAAAUGACUGCAACGUUUAUGAAACUGUUGAAAAAAAAGAUGACAAUACUAAUUCUCAACCUGUUAGCAAUAAUGAUUUUACUUCAGAUGAACAUUGUUCUAAUAAUGAAAAUGAAAAGAGAUCAGAAAUGCAUUUAGAUCUCUCACAAAACCUUAAUGAAGGUAUGGAAAAAUCUCCUGUCCUUCCGGAUGCUCCUGAUAUAAAUAUCAGUUCUUACAGUCCUGGUGGAAGUAGUUCAACAACACCUACUACUUCCAACAGAGAUCCUGAAAGUUUUCCUUCUACUCCUGGGGAUUCUCCUCCUCCAUCACCUAGGGAUAAAAUUUCAAAUCUAUUCUUUGUUGAAGGAACACCUGAAUCACUUGCUCAUGCUCAUAAUUUGAGCUUUCCAGAUGACAGCUCGCAAACUGCCAGUAAAAUUUCCAGGAGAGAAAGAAGUUGUGGAGUUUAUUCCGUUGAUCUAAGUCAAAUGCGAUCCUUGCGCCUUUUUUAUAGCAAUAAAGAAUGUACUUGUGGUCAACUAGUCAUAGCUAGUCGGGAAAGUCAGUACAAAAUUCUUCAUUUUCAUCAUGGUGGUCUUGAUAAAUUGGCAAAUGUUUUUGAAGAAUAUGAUUUUCUUGCAAAAUCAAAAAAUAAAGUUAAUGACAGCUGUCCUUAUAGACAGUUUUCUGUUUGUCGUCCUGAAGUUUCUGCAGCUGAAUGUCAUCCUGAAGAAGGUAUAUAUAGCGUAGUUGAUGAGCAGAGGUGGCGAAGUUUCAUGAGUGAGGAUGGAGUUGUUGAAGAUGAGCUGCAAUUAAGAAAAGAAAUAUUUUUUGGUGGAUUGGAUCCAAAACUGCAUAAAGAAAUUUGGCCAUUUUUACUUCACUAUUACAGUUUUCAUUCUACUUUUGAUGAAAGGGAACAAAUUAGAAAUGACAAAUAUAUUGAAUAUCAGGUUAUCAGACGUAAGAGGGAUCAGAUGACCCCAGCUGAACAAGAUAUAUUUUGGCGCAACAUUCAGUGUACUGUAGAAAAAGAUGUUGUCCGAACUGAUAGAACUCAUCCUUUCUUUGCUGGUGAGGAUAAUCCAAAUAUAGAGGUUAUGAAAAACAUUUUGCUUAAUUAUGGCUUUUAUAAUCCCAAAAUUGGAUAUACACAAGGAAUGUCAGAUCUGUUAGCUCCAAUUCUUGCUGCUGUUCAGGAUGAAUCAGAGGCUUUUUGGUGUUUUGUUGGUCUUAUGCAAAGAACAAUUUUUGUGACAUGCCCUAAAGAUUUUGACAUGGAUGUAAAUUUGAGUUACUUGCGAGAAUUAUUCAGAGUGAUGAAUGCAAAGUUUUAUAAUCAUUUGGUUGCUGCUGAUGCACUUGAUCUUCUGUUUGUUCAUCGAUGGAUAUUGCUUUGUUUCAAAAGAGAAUUUCCCGAGUCUGAAGCUAUGAGAAUGUGGGAAGCAUGCUGGGCACACUAUCAAACAGAUUAUUUUCAUCUUUUUAUUUGUAGUGCCAUUGUUUCUAUUUAUGGUGAUGAUGUCAUAUCACAGUCUUUGAGAGCAGAUGAAAUGAUGGUUCAUUUUAGUAGUUUAGCCAUGCAUAUGAGUGGAGAUCUAGUUUUGAGGAAAGCCAGAGGUCUGCUUCACCAAUUUCGUUUGCUUCCAAGAAUACCAUGUACAUUAUCCAGGUUGUGUGAAUUAUGUGGCCCUGGAAUGUGGGAUAGUGGGCAUGUCCCUGUCAUUGACUGCUCAGGAGAUCAUGGUGAUCAUUCUUGUCCUUAUGGUGGUCAAGAUCCUUCCCUCAGAGUAUUAUAAAGUUUACUGUUGUAGAAUUGUGACAAAGAAAAAAUGAAUUUUCAUGAAAACUAAGCAUUGAGUACUUCUGUGUUCAAGAAUGAAAAAGUGUAAAUAUUUUGGUGUAUGGAUUUCAUGUUAUGUAACUUUAUAUAUUGAUGUUUAUGACUGGGAUGCAUUUCUGAGAAAUUGAUCUAUUUAAAAUCUAUGAAAGUAUAGGAUUUUUUUUUUAGUAUAUGUUGUUCUAUCUGUAGAAUUUUAGUGAAUGUACUUUAUUUGUGUAAAUAAUAUGUUUUAUGUAUGUAACUGUCUUUUAAUACCCUGGAUCUAAUAUAGAAGUGUAAAAUAAUAAUAAUAAUAAACCCCAAAGGGCUGAAUGAAUGAUGUCUGUUUUUAAUAGUAAGACUAUGCCAGAUUUUAUGUGAAGCAUCUUCCAAAAUGUGUAUGUCUAUGUUUGAAAUCUGUAAUUCUCUAACAAAUUUAAUUUACUUUGAGAAUUUUAACAUAGAUAUUAUAAGGUUUUAAGAGUGCCAAGGUUUGAUUUUCAGCCUCGUUAAAAGUUAGCCAUAUAUAAUCGGUAAUAUAAUUUGGAUUUUACUUUAGUAAAUAUUGAUUUGAUGGAUUUUUUUUGUGCAAUAGCAUUUUUAAUAUUGCUAUAUAUUAGAAUUUACACACAUAUACAUAUGUAUUAAUGUAUUUUAUGAAUAUUGAGUUAAUAUAAAUGUGUUUUUAUAGUAUUAAAUUUUAUUUUUUGUUGAUUAUGAGGAAAUAUAUAAAUAUUUA